AUGUAUUUACGACUCCAUUAUUGUCGUGAAGUACAAGCUAUUUAUGACCAUGUUACUGUCGUAGAAUACAAGAGUAGUGAAUUAGCUGCCUUUCUGGAAGACAAGAGUAGUGAACUAGCUGCCUUUCUGGAAGACAAGAGUAGUGAACUAGCUGCCUUUCUGGAAGACAAGAGUAGUGAACUAGCUGCCUUUCUGGAAGACAAGAGUAGUGAACUAGCUGCCUUUCUGGAAGACAAGAGUAAUGAAUUAGCUGCCUUUCUGGAAGACAAGAGUAGUGAACUAGCUUCCUUUCUGGAAGACAAUAGUAGUGAACUAGCUACUUUUCUGGAAGACAAGAGUUGUGAAUUAGCUGCCUUUCUGGAAGACAAGAGUAGUGAACUAGCUGCCUUUCUGGAAGACAAGAGUAGUGAACUAGCUUCCUUUCUGGAAGACAAGAGUAGUGAACUAGCUGACUUUCUGGAAGACAAGAGUAGUGAACUAGUUACCUUUCUGGAAGACAAGAGUAGUGAACUAGCUACCUUUCCGCUAGUCUAUCAGUUCACAUUAAGUGACGCCCAGUCAUUGGGUCUACAAGAAAGUGGCUUAGAUGAUGUUUAG